AUUUCAAACUGAGGGAGAGUACUCCCGUAUGUGCAGGGACACAACCCGCAGCGCCAUCGUAGAUAUCCAAAUUAAUAUCCGCCAUGUUUGUUUUUAGUAUUCUCGCUGAAAUUCAUGAGGGUGUGUAUACAAUUUUUCUAAGCCAUUUCGUCAGGACUUGCUCUCCUUGCGCUGCUAGUGAGCUGUCAUACCGGGCAAACUACUGGUUGCGCAAUACUACGUGUUCUGACACCGUCUGAGGAAUCGCAGGAUGUUUUGUAUUGUCACAAGUACAACGCCCUUGUCGCAGUUAAUUUGCUUGGCGCUCAUUUGUGGAGCCUCCAAAGCUCGGAAGUAGAGCCAGUAGAGCUACGAAGCUCACAUGACUCAAUAUUCCGCAUUCGUGCUUUUUCGGGGAACUAAAAUAAUCCCUUGGCAAUAACGGUUUGAAUGCGUACCGUGCGUACUCUAUGGCGAAAAAUGUGAGACACGGUACGUCCGUCCGCUUCACUACUAGUCAGCUCCUCCGAAACUUUAAUUUUCUGAAAUGAAAACCGGAAGAGCAUGACUGUUUUAAUUACUCUUUAUUUAUCGACCUUUUUUGUGAAAGAAAACAAACAAUAAAGCAAUGACGCAACCUACACCAUCAAAGCGUCCGAGGCGUAAGCAAGCCGUCCCAGUCAAGUACCAGCUAAGUGACGACUCUAGUGACGAUUUCCCCAACCUGAACCUGAGCAUUCCCACACCUCCCUGUCGAAAGCAAUCCCCGAAAGACUACCAGCAGCUAGAGAAAGGAACAACUAAAAUUGAGACACAGGAUGCCAGAAGGCUCUUGCUCAAGUUCAAGAUCAAGAACAGCAGCAGUUCUGAGGCCUAUGUGGAGCGUGCAGAGCCAGAGGAACCCCAUCCCCGUGAGGGAGGAACAAAUGACGGGGGCAGGAGAAAGAGGAAGUGCACUCUCGUCAAGCAAAUGGCUGCAGCUGCCGCCGCUCCUGAAAGGACCUCGAAGGUGAAGCAGACUUCCACGCACAUCCCCAGGAGCUACAAGAGGUACCAAACCUUCCCCAAAUGCUUCAAGACACAAGUGGUAAAGCACGCCCUAGCCAACUCCGCAGACGAGGCAGCGAGGGAGUUCAAGGUCUCGGUUCACAAGGUCAGGCACUGGAUGAGGAACGGUCCUACACGGCAAGGCCGUGGGGAUCCUCGGGACUCUCCGCCUCCCCGGAGCCCGUUCCCAGCCUCUUUUAAACUGUUUGCAAUUGGGCUUGCCGAGGAAAAGAGCACGAAGGAAGCGGCUCAGCUGCUGUCCCUGGACGAGGCUGUCGUGGAACGGUGGCGGGACUUCAAGGAGGGUGUGGACAAGAAGGCAACCAGUGACAACGUCCCGCAGUGGGAGACAGACGUGUUUGUGGGAGUGCGCAGGGACAUGCUGGCGGGGCACGAGAUCAGGGUCUCUGACCUCCUGGGCAGGGCGGAGUCUCUCAAAGUGGACCAGACGGACAUCGACCUGCAGUGGGCAAGCCGCUGGUGCGAGCGAUUCAAGCUGAUCUGCAAAGAUCAUCUCUCCCAUCCUAGCAGGGAGUUAAGCGAAGUCACACUCCUACAGCUUCCAAUGGACAUGAUGGGCAUGACACCCACUCUACAGGUUAUAACCAAGCCCACUGCUUCAGGUUUUAAACUCUCCCGAAAGAAGCUAAGAGGUGUGAGUGCAACAGAAAUGGACCUUGAGAUCUGGAGAUGGUACAAGAAAAUGGAACGGAAAGGCAAAAAGCUGACCAAGGCAUUAGUGUGUGCUCGGGCUCAACACAUUUUUGUCAAGCAUGGCCACCCAGAGUCCCGAGCAGGAGAAGGGUGGUACAGGGCAUGGAAGACCCGCUGUGCGCUGCAGCAGUUCCAGGUUGCCAUGGCAGACCCUGACACUGAACCAGAGGAAGAGUCCUUCAGUGCUGAUUGCCAGCAGCAGCUGCCUCGUGAAAAGACAUCAUCAGACAGUCAAAACAAGCCCACGGCACAGCAAAGAGAAGACAAUGAAAUAAUCACGCCAGAUCUGAGGCCCGUGCCAGUUGAAGGGGAUGCUACAGAUCCAGAUCUGCAGCACCCUUGUGCAACGCAAGAGAUGCCAGCUAUGUGUUCGGUUGUCACCACCAGCAACGACAACAACACCAGCAGCGGUCCUUCCUCCUACAGCACAUGUUACAGUCAGCCAGCCUUUGUUGAGCCCCUGGUCCUCCUCUCUGACUGUGACACGGGCUCCAGCACCCAGGAGUUCAAGCUAGGGCACCUGGGCUGCCAACAGCAGCAUCUCUCCUUUGCCCCAUACUGGAUAGACCAGAGCCAUGGCAACAGCGAGUGUGCUCCCAAGGCAGAGCCGGGCCACGCCAUCACACCCUUCCACGAGACGUUCCUUGGCUACAAUGGUGCCAUGGGGUCGGCGGCAGAUGCAAGCACCUCUUCGCUGGCUUACUCCGAGUAUGGCAUGCCCAUAGGCACGUCAACAUGUCCUUCCAGCCAGAAGAAAAAAAACGAGCGGUACCUGCCUGAGUUCAAGCUGCAGGUGGUGAAGUAUGCUCUGCAGACGACCUUCAAGAAGACGGCGGAGCAUUUCGGGGUCCACCACUCCACCGUGGCGGAGUGGUGCCGAGACAAGGAGAAGCUGGAGCGCAGGUUCCCCCAGGAAAAGGGCAGCCUCGUGAGACCGGGGGAGGCGACAGGGGCCUCCCCCCCGGAGCAGGCCUUUCUCAGCUGGCUCUACGACUGCAACAGCUCGUGCCGAAAGAUAGAUGCAGCGCAGGUGAAGGAGAAGGUGAAGGAGAUUCUUGCAUACUUUGGGGAAAAUAAGGUGGAGACCAUGUGCCGCUGGCUCUACGUCUGGCACAAGAAGCGACUGGAGAUGGAGCAGAUGAUUGAGGAUCGGCCUGAGCUGCAGUCGAGUUCCGGGAAAGAGUUCCGCAUCGCAUUUCCACCUGCCGUUAAGCUGGAGAUUGUGAAAGUGGCCGAGCGACAGAAGUUGAGCGACACUGCCAAGUGCUUUCAGAUUGACCGGAAUAGUUUGUCAGACUGGAGCAAGGCUCAGGCAAAGCUCAAGCUGAUGAUCAAAGAGGGUAAGGUGCGCAGGAAGGAAGUUUCAAAGAGUAAGAAAGCUCUCGAAGCAGAAAUGGAAGUCUUCCAGUGGUACCAGCAGUGCAGAGCCAACGGCUACAAGCCGGGCCCCAAGGAAGUUCGCACUAGAGCCGCGGAAGCAUAUCGCAAGCACGGCGACACCACCAUGAAGUGCAGCAUUGGCUGGUACUCGCGCUGGUCUCGCCGAUUUGGGAUCCAACUUCGUUACGAAAAGGACGACGAGAUACUGGAGUGGGUGCUCACGCAGCUGGAGCAGAACCGGAGCAUCACGCACCAUGACAUCCAGGUGAGGGCAGUGGCGGCCCUCUCCCAGACAAGGACGGGCUUCAAGUGCUCCGCAGGCUGGCCCAUCCGGUUUUGCAAGCGGCACCAGGCCCUGCUGCAGAAGCAGCCCACCCUGGAGGUGCCCCUGCCGGCAGCCCUCGAGGACAGGGUGUCCCUUUUCCGCCAGCAGGUCCAGAGGCUCCAGGAGCAGCACAGCCUGACCAAUGCUGCCAUUGGUGCCAUGGACGAGGUGCCCCUCUACUUCUCGGUCGGCACGUCCGGAGGCAUUGGCGGCGGUACCCUGCUGGUGCGCCGUUGCAGCCUGGAAGCAUCCCAGGCGGUGGUGCUCCUGUCUUGCCUCUCGGACGGGGCCAUCCUUCCUCCCCUGGUCAUCCUCAAGGCAUCCAGCCACGCCCUCGAGGCGAACCACUCUUUUGUCCUGCAACAGGAGGACAUGCACGUGGACCGUGCCACAGUGGAACACUGGGUCGAGGUCGUCUGGAGGCGCUUCGUUCCCUCGCCGAGCCUCCUGUUUCUGGACUGCUUUGAGCCGCACACCGUGGUUGCCUCCUCCGUGGUCGACGUGAAGGUGGCUGUCACUCCGAGCGGCUGCUCUUCCCAGACCCACCCUGUGGUGGUGUGGCUGCGCAGGAAGUUUCAGGCACUGGUGCACCGGCUGUGGCUGGAGGGCAGUGCCGGGAAGAAUGUCCCCACGACCAGGGAGAUUGUGGACUGCGUCACUCGCACCUGGAAGCACUUGCAGGCCGAGGGGCAGGACGCCGUGCGCAAGAGCUUCAUGGUCACAGGGGCGGUGCUGGCGCCCGAUCACAGCGACGACCACCUUCUGGGGAGGGCAGAGCUUCUGCCCGACGUGGAAGAGGAAGACAUAUACUUCUGAACAAAGUUUGCACGGUGACUGAGGAAGUGCAGUGUUGAGUACAAAAUUAGUUUUAGUCUCGCUACGGCGAAGUUCUUGUCAUUUGUUUUUUGGGAGGAGGUAUGCCUUUCCUGGCCUAGCUAAGUGAAUGGUCUUUGAAAGAGUCUGUACAUAUUGUGUCUGAAUUUUUUAUUUUGAGCAAUAAGGGGAGCAUCAUUCAGUUAUAGUGACUGGGGGAUGCAUACUGCAUUAAAACCUCUACACAAACAGGAGGUUGCUCGUCAAUACCUAAAGGUUGCACACUCCUUGCAUAUGUUUUAAAAUACAUCCAGUCAUGACCCUGACUACCUGGAGAUAUGUGUUCCUGAAGAGGAUGUAUGCCCAUCAACUUGAUGUGAUGUAUUGUUAUAAAAUAUCUUUGGGAGUUAGCCCACCUUCAGUGCACAGCGCCGAGAAGCAUGUUAAGUGAAACCUGCAUGUAACAAACACCACCGUUUUGUCACCUUAUUUGUCAUGAGUGAACCGAUAUCUACAUGCAGUAUGCCUGUCGUAGAAGUUUAUGGUUUUUAGAACCAUUUUGUAUUGGAAGUUUAUUAGAAGUGGGACUCUAUACUUCCAACCUGGGGGACUCAAGAUGCUAUUCUCUUUCUUGCUCGCAUUCUUUACAUGCUUGAGAUAUUUCUUUUCCUUAAGCUCCUGGUUUUGCUUAUCGCCCUGAAAACAUAGAUUUCUUGACGUUUGCAUUAGAGCAUUUGUUAUUUUUCAACUUCUAUUUAAGAGUGAUUGCUCUGUGAGUGAUUUGCCUGUUGCUGAUGCUAAUUGGCAAUGGUUGCUGAUGUUAUAAUUGGCAAUUAUUGCUGAAAAUAUUUACUGAAUGUUAUAGGAAACUGAUUAACAAGGUUGAGCAUAAUAGUUUUGCUACUCAUCACACAAGGAUGCAUGUUUAAACACCUUGUUAGAGUUACAGCAGCUCUAAGUCGUUACUUACCAGUUUCCAAGUACCGAAUGUCAGGAACCGGUGUCUUGGUUUUAACUGACGUCCAGCUGUCAUCAUUGGUGGACGUUUAUUGGCAUUUAUCGGGUUUUGCCAACACUUCUGUACCCUAAGUGAGGUUACACUGUAUUAAGAAGAUUUCACAAAAUAUUUUAUUUUUCAUCUUCACAGUUUCAUUGCACUUUAUGUUUUUCACAGAUAUUAAUUAUGUUUUUGCUGUUAUGCUAUGUUUGCUUAUUAGAUCGUCAGUUUCAUGACAUCAGUGCCCAUCAUCUCAGCAUGAUGGCAUUAGGACUUUGGAGUUAUAUAACUCAGAUAUGCACAUGAGAAGCAUUGUUUUGAACCUAAUCAAAAUGGACUCGUGAAUAUUUCUUACAGAAACCUAUGGAAAUAACAUAAAUUUUGUUUAUAAGAUUAAACAAUGCAUGCAAGGUGAAUAUCCUGGUUAAUCUGAUGUGGAGUUUCACCGGAUCAUAUAAUUGCCUCUUUCCAUAAUCAAAAGUUCGCUCUUGAAAAAGGUUGCAAUGCAUUGAUUUUUGUAUUUAGUCUUGCAGAGCAGAGGCAAAAUGCUGUUGUUAACCAGUAUCGAGCAUGCUUGCUUUGCACAUAAAUGGAGCAAAACUGUUUGUGUUGCAAAUGUUUCUGUCAUUGUCUUGUACUGGAGUUAGGCCUAAAAGAGCUUUAGUCACAUACCUGAAUCGUGGAAAAUAUAAAAUAAUUUACAAUUUCACAUUUAGUGACCGCUGUCACCUGGACCUCCCAGUGAAUGUUGCUCAUGGUCGUAACUAUGGUCUUGUGCACAAAGUUGUGAAUUCACACAGCUCGAAAAUGAUUAGCUACUAAACUGUGGGUUGCCAAUAUAGUAGGGGUGUAUUUAUUGAUAAAGAGUUGACCACUGUGUAUCUAUCUGUUUUUGCUGCGAAAAAUAUUCUACCUAUAUUCUCAUUGACGUGCAUUGAUUUAUGCUAGUUUUAUUUAUCCAUCAAAUCAGAAAUUUAUAAUGUAUACCUGAUAUCUUACUCAAGGAAACUUGUGUAACCUCUAUGAUCAAAGGUUAUUUUGCAUUUCUAAUGUAAGCAGUAACUUGGAAGAUUUAUAUUAUGCUACAGGAAAUUAUUUGCCUGCUGCAAGCCAUUGUGCGAAGACCAAACUUGCAAAGUUGUUUGCAUUGUUGUAGAUAGCUGCUUAUGGGUACAAUAAUCAAAACUGCGAAUAAA